UAGUUAAUGAUAAGGAACGGACAUAGUUCCACUCGUUUUCAAUUUACUUUAACAAUGAUUUUAAGUCUGGCAAUAGCAUUCAUAUGGCUUUCAAUCGCACGUGUAAGCUGAGAAAGGCAGGGAGGCAGAUGGGGGUGCGGAAUGGUGGGCAUGCGUGUGGCUGUCAGGAAGGUGGGCCCUUAGGCAUGCAGGUGCUCAGACUGACGGAUUUGAUGGCAGAGAGCGGUGCGUGCCCAGAUGGGUUUGUGAAGUUUCAGCAGUCGUGCUACCACUUCAGUCAUGAUCAAGAAACGUGGUUUGACGCGGCGUCGGCUUGUCAAACAGUGUUCAACAAAGCCUAUCUUGCGGAGAUUGACUCUCAGGCUGAAAACCAGUUUCUCCUCCACUAUGCGGCCAAACGCCAACAGUAA